AUGGCGCUUUCAAAGCUCAGCGUGGGCCAGGCUCUGGCCCUUGGCUUCGCAUCUCUCAUCCUCUACGUUGUCUCCCACGUCCUCUACAACCUCUUCCUGCACCCCCUCCGCCGGUACCCGGGCCCGCUGCUGAUGCGCGCCACCCGCUGGGGCUACGCCCUGCGGCACAUGGCGGGCACCCUGCCCUUCGACAUGCUCGCGCUGCACAAGCGCUACGGCCCCGUGGUGCGCGUGGCGCCCAACGAGCUGGCCUUCUCGGACCCGCGCGCGUGGCGCGACAUCAUGGGGCACCGCAGCGGCGGCGGCGGCGGCGGUGGUGGUAGCGGUGGUGGUGGAGGGGGCUCGAUGAUCGUCGAAGGUGGGGAGGAGAUGCUCAAGUACGACCGGUUCUACAGGCCGGUGGAGGGCGUGACGACCGACAUCGUCAACGCCGGGCGCGAGGAGCACGCGCUGCUGCGCCGCAGCAUGGCUCACGGUUUCAGCGACCGCAGCAUGCGCGAGCAGCAGCCGCUCAUCCAGGGCUACGUCGACCUGCUGAUCAGGCGGCUGCGGGAGAAGAGCGAGGGAGGCAGCAAGGCCGUCGACCUUGCGGCGUGGUAUAACUACACUACCUUCGACGUGAUUGGUGAUCUGGCGUUUGGUGAGAGUUUCGGGUGUCUCGACAGCUCCGACUACCACCCCUGGGUCAAAGCGAUUUUCGAGGUCGCUCGCGCAGGAACCGUCUUUCAGAGUCUGGCACAUUACCCUGCGAUUAUCAAGUUGGUGCUGGCCCUCAUCCCCUCGCGGUUCAAGGAGGAGCGCGAGAAGCACAUGCGGAUGACCAUGGAAAAGCUGAAAAGGCGGAUGCAAGCGGGAAAGGAGAGGCCGGACUUGGUCGAGGGUCUGCUCAAGAGGGCUGACGAAUGGGGGCUCACCCUCGAGAAACUCCAAGCGAACAGUGCCAUUCUGAUCAUCGGCGGGUCCGAGACGACGGCGACCUUGCUCUCGGGCGUGACGUACCUCCUCUUGACGAAUCGUCAGGCCAUGGAGAAGCUCACUGCCGAGAUCCGCGGAAGCUUCAAGUCCGAAGACGAGAUCAACUUCACCAGUGUCAGCACUCUCCCCUAUCUCCUGGCCUGCCUGGACGAGGCACUGCGGAUGUACCCCCCCGUCCCAACAGGUUUGCCACGCGUCGUGCCCAAGGGGGGUGCGAACAUUGCUGGCAACUACGUGCCCGAGAAGACCGUAGUGGCAGUUCACCAAUGGGCCAUGUACCACAACGACGACCACUUCAAGGAUCCCUUUGUGUACCACCCGGAGCGGUGGCUUGGCGACCCGGCUUUUGCGGGCGACCGGAAGGACGCAUUCCAGCCGUUUCACCUUGGCCCACGCAACUGCCUCGGCAAGAAUCUUGCCUACAUCGAGAUGCGUCUCAUUCUGACCCGGAUGUUAUGGAACUUUGACCUGCGGAUUGCCGAAGACAGCCUGGACUGGAUGAGCAAACAGCGGAUCUACAAUCUGUGGGAGAAAGGAAAGCUGAACGUAUACCUAACGCCAGUGGCCAGGUAGACGGCGUGCUAGGCCCUUGAUGAAGGGAUGUCGGUUGAGUUGUUGUUAUUGUAUAACAGAAAUCUUAAGUCGCCGGCCGAAUCGUCCGACACCAUAGCAGAGACACGAGCUGACAGCGCAAAGCGGCACAUCUAAGACAUGCACUGAGUGCCGUCUCGGUCCGGCAGUUCAACUCUGAGUGUCAUACGUCACCAGCCUCAGCUUCCUCACUUCCUUCCUUCGCCCAGCGUGCUAACCCGGGGUUGGGCCGGUUGUAAAUCAAACUUAAGCUUCCGUCGUCAUCGAGGUGUAUUCAUGCACGAAGGGGUAUCCAAAAUCAACGAGUACCAUCCCAAAGAAACCAAAAAAGAAGAAAAGAAGGUCGGUCGCCACAACGUGCCAAGCUCAUAUGCCCCACAAAAGCCAAUAUGCUAGGCUCAUUGCCAAAACCACCAUCGCGUGGCCUCUCGCCAUGCGCCCUCCAGAUUUCUGACUCAAGUCCGACGGUGGGGUGAUGGUCGCCCCACCGCUAGCGACGACCUGCCCGCUGGAAGCCAGGAUUCUGUUUCCUGUCAUGUACUGAAUGUUGUAAACGGGGUCGUCGGUCAAAACAGACGGGGUGCCGAGCUGGGAUGGGCACUUGGCCUGGUUUUCCGUCGGCCAAUCGAGGGUGCAGACUUCGUCGGUGCCCCAGGAGCAGAUGGGGUCGAGAAUGUUGUAAAGAACGAAGUAUUUGCCGACCCAGGUGUCAUGGGAAAGGC